CAUACUUCUCAUGUCCGGACUAACGACCACUCGCUUUCUGGCGGCCGACUAGGGGACGAUUCGAGCUUCUUGAAUCCCACAGCGACUGAACAAGAAUUCGUUCAUCAAUCAUUCGAUUGUCAUCGAGGCACCUUGUCUACGAAUCUGAAGGUAUUACAUCGUUCGGCCACAUGUCGGAGCGGCUCCACCGAACUUUUACGGGUGGUCCCAUUAUGCGGUCCACUCAUGCCAUAGUCGCGAACAAGCCAGUCGCCCUUCUGGAUAGGAAACAUUGGGCCCUGAUGGGUCUGUAGGGCUGGCACAAUGGAUCCGUGUCUAUGGAUCCGUAUCUUCGGAUCUUGGGCGCGGCAAUCAUGGGUGCUCUUGAUCCCGGUUUUGCCUUGCUACUUAUCAUCUUCUCACCCGGCGAACUCGACAAGUUGAAUCGAGCUGACUGUCUACACAGCCAGGUUCGCCGGCCCUCUACUGUUAACAUAAUGUCGACAAUGGACAUAAAACAUCAUCCCGCUCCGGAAACCAGCUCGAUGGGAACAAAAGAGUCGGUGAUCACCGGCUCAACCGCCGGCCAAUCUCCCCAAUCGCCACCCGAAGCAUCUCCGCCACCAGACGGCGGAUUCAACGCCUGGCUUCAAGUCUUUUCUAGUUGGUGUGUCAUCUUCUGCACCUUCGGCCUCGUCAACACCUUCGGCGUGUACCAGACAUACUACGAGGAUGCCCUUCCCGACAGUUCAUCCUCCGACAUCUCCUGGAUCGGGUCCAUGCAAGGAUGCAUUCUGCUCUGCGGUGGCAUGAUCUCGGGGCCUCUAUAUGACGCCGGGUACUUCGUCGAACUCAUUUGGGGCGGACUAUUCCUCAUCGUCUUCGGCCAGUUCAUGACUUCGCUCUGCACCACGUACUGGCAAGUUGUGCUCGCUCAAGGGCUUUGCAUCGGCGUCGGAUGCGGAAUAGUGUUCCUCCCAUCCACUGCCAUCAUAUCGCAGUACUUCUCCAACCGUCGCUCCCUGGCAACGGGUAUCUCCUCCUCCGGCUCGCCUCUCGCGGGCGUCAUUCUACCCAUUGUCUUCAAUCAACUCCUCCAAAAGGUUGGUUUCGCAUGGGCAACUCGAUGCAUCGCCUUCAUCCUCCUAGCCGUCGCCAUAACCCCCCUCGUGUUCCUGCGGACUCGGCUACCGCCCUCGAAACAUCAUAGGGCAUUGGUUGACACGUCGGCUUUCAAGGAAGCCACUUUUCUCACGUUCGCCAUUGGUGGGUUCUUUGCUUUCGUGGGGCUCUACAUCCCUUUCUUCUAUAUCGAGCUCUUCACUCUCGAACAUGGUCUGGCGUCGAGGACUUUCUCGCCGUACAUGGUGACGUUCAUGAAUGCUGGCAGCAUCAUUGGUCGGGUCGUGCCACCUUACAUCGCUGAUCAUACUGGCGCGCCGGCCUUAGUGAUGGCCACGAUGUCGUUCCUCUCUGCCGUCUUGGCUUUCAUCUGGCUGGGGAUCCGCAAUUCGUCCGGUAUGGUCGUGUUCGCGGUCUUGUAUGGCAUGAUCUCGGGCGGCGUGGUUAGUCUCCAGCCCGCUGGGGUGUUCAGUUUCACUUCGGAUAUGAGUAGGGUCGGCACGAGGCUGGGGAUGACGUGCUUCGUUUCGGGUAUUGCGGUGUUGAUAGGGAGCCCGAUUGCGGGUGUUAUUCUUGGAGAUGGGAGGGAGGCGAGAUGGAACGGGUUGAUUGGGUUUACGGCGGACUGUCUAUUGAUUGCUUCCGGGCUAAUAUUGGCGACUGGCUACGUGGCACUUUCGAGGAAACGGAGAAUGAUGCGGGAGUGUGAGCUGGCGAGUUCUACGGAGAUGGAGGACUAAAGAAGAAAAGAAUUAGAUUUUCUCGCUUCAUCUCGUUGCAUCACAUCCAGACAUGCCGCAUGCGGAUAUUGAAACUUUCUCGACGUGUGACCGCGAGCUUGAAACAGACAGAUGCACACCUCAUUUGAGUCAGUUGGUUUGUUGGUCUCAUGGGCACUGCACUGGUUGGAAUGAAUGCACGAGCUUGAUCGGGAUAAGGGGGAGCUUUCAGGCUGUCAGCAAAGUUGACCUAUUGAGAAUCCGCUGCUUUCCAAAUGGACAAUGAUGUACCGCGCUCGGCUUUUGCGUAGAUUUUACAUCAACAUAAUCCAUC